AUGAGCAGCAAAGAAAGACAACGAACAAGAGGAGAGAUAGCUUGCGCGGAGUGUCGUAGUCCUGGACAUCGGACUGAUCGUUCCCAUAUAGUGCCAUGCUCUACUUGCGUCAAAAGAGGAUGCAGCAUGCUUUGCCCCAAUGGCACUAUGCCUCCAGGAAAGGGUAGCCGCUUCGUCGGUGUUGCCGAAGAAUAUCUACGUCAAAAGGCCGCAAAGCUCGAAGAGCGAAUGCGCUCACUCGAGGACGCUCUUGCAAUCCUGCAGGUCAAUACUUCCACUCAGCCACACCCAUUGCUGACCAAAAUAUGGACAACUGAAGAGGCUGAUAGCGGGAGCAGCGUCGACGCCACAUCUACGUCGGCACAUAGUCUGAUAAAUGCCCUAGGCUCUUUGCACCUUGAUGGCAAUCCACAAUCUGAUGCUGCUUGUUUCUUCGGACCUUCCGGAGGUUCUGAGCCAACAAUGACCACACAGUGUGACCCUGAUACUUUGUCACCAUCGACCGAGACACAUGAAAUCGAGGUCGAUUACCUGGACCCUCGGAUCAGCAACCUCGAUCGGGUUUUCCCUUUCACUCCCUCGGGGAUCCCCAAAAAACACUUCCGACACUUUCUUGAGAUGAUGAACUCCUACCUACCAGGAAUGCAACGCGCUAUUUCGUUAUGUGAAACUUUCCUACAGUCUCUCUCAUGGGUGUUUCCUAUAGUUUCGCGACAGCACAUCAUUGGCCAUCUCAUCCCGUUGAUAUACCGAACGGAGCUACAUUCAUUGGAGCCCCCACCUUAUGGUCCACACGACCUGGCCUUGCUAUUCAGUACACUAGCGCUCGGAGCUUUGGUUGAUCCCGACCUUCCCCCGUAUAAUGCCGAAGCUCGUCACUAUCAAAGAGUGGCGCGCGCUGCCUUGUGUUUGCAAUCUGUAUUCACGGAGCGGUCUAUGGCUACAAUUAAGUCAUUGCAUCUUAUGAGUAUGUACUACGGCAUGAGUGGCAUCGAAAGCAACACGGAGCUUUGUUACUCCUGUCUCAACCUUGCUAGUCAAGCCGCACUCCAGGUUCAUAAGGAUCCUUCACGAUGGGGUUUUAAGGGGAGAGAAGCCUACGAACACCGUUCAUAUUUCUGGGCUCUCUUCUCUCAAUCUCUCUGGCAAAGCCUGGCUACUGGACGCCCCCCCGUGAUUAUGCCAGCCAUCGUCGACUGCAAGAUUCCGAGUGACUUUGAGGAGGCUACGUACCGGUUGGGAGAAAUCCCCACUGCAUUUGGCAGUUGGAAUUCUUAUUACACAAUGGAAUGUCUAGCCCCGGUCGUUGAAGCCACUCAGGCUGUAAAGCCACCCAACUACCAAACCGUCCUCGAGUUGGAUCGCAAAAUACGGGAAUUUUCUAUGCCUGUAUCUGCGGAUUCGACACAACCUGACCGUGUGCCCUUAGAGAUGGUUGCUUUUGUUCUAACAUCUUACAGAGAUCUCACGCUCAUGUUCUUGCACAGAGGUUUCUUUGCACAGGCCAUGGGAGAGUUUCCCUCAGAUCCACUUAGAAGCCCUGUAGGCCGAUCAUUCAUCGUCGCCUACCAAUGUGCCAGUGCACUGGUCACAUCGACUAUCAACCAAUUCAAGCUACAGCCAGUGAUAUGCUCCCGAAUGUGGCGAAUAUGGUCCCACUUAUUUUCAGCAGCAGUUGUCGUUGGCACCGUCGCCAUCCGAAAACUUGGCAUCAAACUAGACCCGGACCCAUUGGAGCAUUUAGAAAAGGCGUGCUCGUUAUAUUACGAGGCAGCACAGACUUGUAGCCGUGCCAAAAGGGCGCUGGUGAGUUUUGAAUGA